GGGGUUUCUACGCUAAGAUGGUCGCGAGUGCCAGUGUCACUUGCCGCGGCUUCAGUGCCCACGAGCACCCGGGUGCGCUUCCCAGAGGCCCGUGUGGCGGCGGCGGCGGUGUUUUUCACUUCUUUUUUCCUUUCUAAAACCUCUUAUUGGUCCAUUCAGACAUUUCCGUUAAUGCAGCUACGCAUUUGCAGCGUACGCACCCUCUCCCCGCUUUGCGAAUGUCACCCUGAGUUCCCGUUCCUGGUUGCCGCUAACCUCAUGGCAGUCGGGAAUGACCGCUAUGGAUCCCACGUCCUCUGUAAAGUGACAGGCGUUGGGAUAUUUAAGAACCAAGGUUUCUUUCCAGGUUUGAGAUUUGUCUGAAUUCUCGAUUACAUAUAUCUAUGUUGGGUUGUCCCAGAGUCUUUCCUGUUCCAUUAAUCUGUGCCCUUGUAAAUCUGGUUUCACAAGUCAUUUAAAAAUGAUUUAAGUAGGGGGUUGGGGAUUUAGCUCAGUGGUAGAGUGCUUGCUUAGCAAGCGCAAGGCCCUGGGUUCGGUCCCCAGCUCCGAAAAAAAAAAAUGAUUUAAGUAAGCUGGGCAUAGUAGUGCACUUCUUUAAUCCCAGCACUCGGGAGGUAGAGGCAGGUAGAUAUCCAAGUUCGAGUCCCGCCUGCUGGUCUACAUGAGUUCCAGGACAGCCAGGGAUACACUGUCUCAAAAAAAAAAAAAAAAAAAAAAAAAGGAAAAAAAUGAUUUAAGGGAACCCUGUGUUUUCUGAGCACUUCCUUUUACUUUUUAAGUUACAGCAAACGCCUAACAUGAUUUUUGAAGUGUGAUGAUUAUGUAAAUGUUUGAUUAUUAAAAAUGAAAUUCUAAAUAUUUUUUAAAAAUAAAAAAAUUUGUGUGUGUGUGUGUGAGAGAGAGAGAGAGAGAGAGAGAGAGAGAGAGAGAGAGAGAGCGCUGCUUGCCUGCCCAUAGAAGCAAGAAAAGAGUAUAGAGUGUAGGAUCCCCUGGAGCUAGAGUAACAAGCAGUUGUAAGCCACCCAUAUUGGGUGUCCAGAACUGGACUCAGUUGUCUCAAGAGCACCCAGUGCCGUAUACCAAAGCCAUGUCUUUGGCCUCUUUUUUUCUCCAGCACUGGGCACUGGGGAUUGAAUUAAGCUUCCUUGCAUGUUAAGCAAUGUAUUCUGUCUUUCUUCUCUUCCCUUCCCCUUCAUACCAUUUCCCUCUUCCCCCUACCUCCUCCUCUUCUUUCUUCUCUUUUCUUUUGCAUUUUGUUUUGAGAGAUGAUUUACCUAAUAUAUCUAGCCUGACCUUGAGCUCCGUAUGUAACCAAGACUGAAAACUGCUUUGAACUUGUCAUCCUUCAGCCUUUGCCUGGAGUCGCCUGUGCCAGCAGGCCUGGCUUAAAUUUGGGAUAAAGAGACAACUCAGCAGUUAAGAGUACUGGCUGCUCUUCCAGGAGACCCACAUGGUGACUGACAACUUCUGCAACUCCAGUUCCAGGAUUAUACCCAGACAUCAUACAGGCAAAACACCCAUAAACACAAAAUAAGAAUAAAUCUUAAAAAGGAGAAACAUGAACCAGAAGCUACUGAAGUUGGAAAAGUUGCUACGAUUUCACACUAUUUGUAGGCAAUUGCACAGCCUGAGUCAAAGAAGAUUGUUAGCAUGGUGGAAGCAUGGGUCUGCACCGGCUUCCCCAGUGUGGGCAGAUUGGCUGUGUGCCCGGCCUUGGCCGACAGACGUGCUUACUGGUUCAGCUUUGCAUCAGCACAGACUUCUUGUUACAAAGAAGGAAAAACGACCACCGAGAUCUCAGUUGUCUCCAAUAAAAACUAAAAAAGAGGUAGAAGUAUGGGUUGGAAUGACUGUUGAAGAACUAGCCAGAGCAAUGGCAAAAGACACAGAUUGUGUAUAUGAAGCUUUAUUGAACACCGCCAUUGACAUAGACUCACUAGAAGCAAACUCACAUUUAGACGAAGUCUGGAUCAAAGAAGUUAUAAAGAAGGCAGGAAUGAAGCUGAAAUGGAGCAAAUUAAAACUGGAGAGAAUAAGAGAAAAUAAGGAUGCUGUGAGAAGGCCUGGGGCAGAUCCAGCUUUACUAAAGCCAAGGUCCCCAGUUGUUACUAUAAUGGGUCAUGUUGAUCAUGGGAAAACGACCUUACUUGACAAACUUCGGGAAACUCAAGUGGCAGCGAUGGAAGUUGGAGGCAUUACUCAACAUAUUGGUGCUUUUCUUGUCUCUCUGCCUUCUGGAGAAAAGAUAACCUUUCUUGAUACUCCGGGACAUGCUGCUUUCUCAGCAAUGAGAGCUAGAGGAGCUCAGGUCACUGACAUUGUUGUGUUGGUUGUAGCUGCAGAUGAUGGGGUAAUGAAACAAACUGUGGAAUCCAUUCAGCACGCCAAGGAUGCAGGAGUUCCUAUUAUCCUUGCAAUAAAUAAAUGUGACAAGACAGAUGCUGAUCCUGAAAAGGUGAAAAAAGAGCUCCUGGCUUAUGAUGUGGUGUGUGAAGAGUAUGGUGGUGAUGUUCAAGCAGUGCACGUCUCUGCACUAACAGGAAAGAACCUGAUGGCUUUGGCAGAAGCAACAAUUGCUCUCGCAGAAAUGUUGGAACUGAAAGCAGAUCCCACAGGCCCAGUGGAAGGAACAGUAAUAGAGUCUUUCACAGACAAAGGAAGAGGUCCUGUUACAACAGCUAUAAUUCAAAGAGGAACUCUGAAAAAAGGCUCAAUUCUAGUUGCUGGGAAGAGUUGGGCAAAAGUUCGACUAAUGUUUGAUGAAAAUGGAAAAACAGUUAAUGAGGCCUAUCCUAGCAUGCCAGUGGGAAUCAUAGGCUGGAGAGACCUCCCUUCUGCAGGAGAUGAAAUUCUUGAAGUACAGUCUGAGCCAAGGGCCCGUGAAGUUGUUGACUGGAGGAAGUCUGAGCAAAAAGAAGAAAAGGGCAAAGAUGACCUGAAAAUAAUGGAAGAAAAGCGAAAGGAACACCAAGAAGCACAUCGGAAAGCCCGUGAGAAGUAUGGCAGCCUGCACUGGAAGCAGAGAUCAUAUAUAAAGUACCUUGAAAGAAAAGAACAGAGACCCUUAAAGCCCAAAGAAAAGGUAGAAAGGGACUCAAAUGUACUUCCUAUAAUUAUUAAAGGUGACGUUGAUGGGUCUGUGGAGGCCAUCUUGAACCUUCUGGAUACCUAUGAUGCUUCCCAUGAAUGUGAACUAGAAUUAGUGCAUUUUGGAUUGGGUGACAUCAGUGAAAAUGAUGUUACCUUUGCUGAGACAUUUGAUGGUGUUAUUUAUGGCUUUAAUGUGGAUGCAGGCAGUGCUAUCCAGCAGUCAGCUGCACAAAAGGGAGUCAAGAUUAAACUUCACAAAAUCAUCUACCAUCUUAUUGAAGAUUUGCAGGAGGAACUAAGCAACAGAUUGCCCUACAAGGUGGAGGAGUACCCAAUAGGUGAGGCUUCUAUACUAGCUACCUUCACUAUAACAGAAGGGAAGAAAAAAGUUCCUGUUGCUGGCUGCAGAGUUCAAAAGGGACAGCUAGAAAGACAGAAGAAGUUUAAAUUAAUCCGCAACGGCCAAGUUAUUUGGAAGGGCUCAUUAACUUCGCUGAAACACCAUAAAGAUGACGUUUUAGUUAUAAAAACUGGUGUGGACUGUGGUCUUAGUUUAGAUGAAGAAAACGUAGAAUUUAAAGUGGGCGAUCAAGUUAUCUGUUAUGAAGAAAAUAAAGUACCAACUAAGACUUCCUGGGAUCCAGGAUUUUAAAUGUGCAUUAAAAAUGGUAAAAAUGUA